AUUUCCACUACUAACUCCUCCACAUUCGGAUAUAAGCUUCAUUUUGCGAGCAUUCAUUGAACUUCAAAACCAGUGGUGUCCAACGUGGCGCCACAAACGAAUGUUCAUUCUCAACUACAAUCCUGAACCGCUUUCCGAGGACAUUUUGACCGCUAUAUUGAAGCUAAACGAUCCGCCUAAAAUCAUAUCCUCUGAACCCAACGGCUGGACAUAUUGGACUUUCGAGAAUCGCCGUUGUGCGGUUGUGAUGGUUCGAGGAUAUGAGAGAUUAAUAGUAAUUAGCUAAGCUGUGAAAGUAUAUAUACAACAACUAAUAAUACUCUUCUUUAUGCAGCCGGCAACUCCUGUCUAUUUCGGUGGUCGAUACUUUAUAUUCCACGCAAAGUUGGAGGAAAAUGUGUUCAUGGACGAUCUCAACAGUGGAAAUGGUUACAUUCUCGACAAGGCGUAUCACAUUCUGUACAACCGGACGGCAAUUGAGAUCUACCACAAGAAUUUCUUCACCAACCAAACCAUACAGCUCGAUCCGCUUAACAUACGCGUUCCGAAUGAUCUGAUGAAUCUUUACGGACGUAGGCUUCGUCUAUCGGUUCCUGAUGGCAAUCAAGAAGUCAUCUCUUUUGACGCCUAUCUCGGAGAGACGAUAGCUCGGCGGCGAAAUGCAUCGUUCGAAUUAGCACGUACGCUGGAUACCGACACGGACUAUGCUAUAGUAAAUAUUGGAAUGCCUCUCCAGGGUACGGACAAAAUGAUUGCUAUUGGGAGUACAUUUAUCAGCGUACUAGUUCCACGUAGCAAACCAAAAUCAGUGAUCGCGGUACUAAUCGAUCCGUUUGACUACUACAGCUGGAUCGCACUCUUCGUCCUGAUUUUCGUUCUGGCUGCGGUACUCUCACUAUUCGGUGAAUUUCUAAGUAAAUUGACUUUUUUGGAAGUCGUCGUCGAGAUGAUCAUGUGCAUUCUGGGUGGUCCGUCGCUCAAGUAUGGAGGCUGGUUUGAGAACCAGAUCAUCACCAACUACUGUCUACUUUCUAUUGUGAUCGUGUCCUCCUACCAGUCGCUAAUCAUCUCUUACCUUUCCUUUACGCGUUACCACCCAGAGAUCGAUUCCGCAAUAGACAUACGCAACAAUUUGGAGUAG